GAGAGUAUAAAUACGCGGGGUAGUCGGUGACGCGGCUUCCUCUGCGCGCGCACGACGGCAGUUGGUCCCCUUCGCUUCCGCCGCCUCUCUGUCGCGUGUCACUCCGCGCCCGGGACUCUUUUUUUCGUGUGUGCUCUCGCCGCCGUUGCAUUUUUGAGAGAUGGAGCGAACUUUCUUGGCGGUGAAACCCGACGGAGUCCAGAGGGGAUUGGUGGGCGAGAUUGUGGGCCGCUUCGAGAAGAAGGGAUUCCACCUCGUCGCCCUCAAGAUGAUUCACGCGUCACGUGAGCUGCUGCAACAGCACUACAUUGACCUGAAGGAUCGCCCCUUCUACCCGGGCCUGGUGGAAUACAUGCACUCUGGGCCUGUCGUGGCCAUGGUGUGGCAGGGAGCUAACGCGGUGAAGACAGCGCGGAAGAUGCUGGGGGAGACGAAGCCGGACGACUCGAACCCCGGCACCAUACGGGGAGACUUUGCCGUGCAAGUGGGGCGGAACAUCAUCCACGGCAGCGAUUCUGUGGCGAGCGCUGAGAAGGAGAUUUCUCUUUGGUUCACAGCCGAAGAGGUCACCUCGUGGAAGAGCUGCUCACACGACUGGGUCUACGAAUAGUCGCGCCCACUACCACCAUACCACCCACUACCACCCACUACCACCCACACUACCACCCACUACCACCCACCACCACCCACUAGUACACCACCGCUACUACCACCCACUACCACCCACUACUAGUACCCACCGCUACUACCACCCACUACCACCCACCACUACUACCACCCACUACCACCCACCACUACUACCACCCACUACCACCCACUACCACCCACUACCA